GUUUACAUACGCAUGUAUAUACAUGUAUGUAUGUAUACACAUACAGAUAUAUAUGCAGCUAGAUUAUGCUGGAUGCAAAUUCAGGUAUGAACAUCAUUUUCGAACUUUUAUGUAGCAUUUGAAAGGCUUUGAGAUUCUGAUAUUUGCCUUGUUAAGACCUUAAUCAGCUUUCAGAUGACGAACACUAUCCAGAAAAGGUUUAAGGUCUCUUCAACCCAACUCUUGUAUCAAUCCUGCCCCUAUCAAGCAUUAACCCUGUUCAUCACCGGUCCUUUUCUUGAUGGGCUUUUGACAAAUCAAAAUGUUUUUGCUUUCAAAUAUACACCUCUAGUGCUGGUUUUCAUUGUGCUCUCUUGCUUGAUCUCUGUUUCUGUCAACUUCAGUACAUUUCUUGUAAUUGGAAAGACAUCACCUGUCACCUAUCAAGUCCUGGGGCAUCUGAAAACAUGCCUGGUUUUGGCUUUUGGAUAUGUUUUACUUCACGAUCCAUUUAGCUUGCGAAACAUUUUCGGCAUCCUUGUUGCCUUAGUUGGAAUGAUCCUUUAUUCGUACAUCUGCUCUCUUGAGAACCAGCAAAAGGCUAGUGAAGCAUCUAUGCCAUUGUCCCAGGUACAACCUGCUCCCGUUUUUGUCUCAAAUAUGGCACUUAUUUAA